AUGCCACCAGGUCAGAGUGGGAAAGAAAGUCAAACCGAACCACCGGCAACUCUAAGUGCAGCUCAAGCGAGUAACAGUUACUUAAGCUCCGUCGGCGCAUCUCAAGGAACCAGUGGCCCUGUGAUAGGACUGUCAAUAGUCCCCGUGAAAGUUAAAGUAAAAGGCAGCAACAAGAAAGUACUAACGCACGCUUUUUUGGAUUCAGGCUCAAACACGUCGUUCUGCACAGAAGAUCUCCUCAAAAAACUCGGCACCAAGGGAAAGAAAACGUCUCUCUCCCUAACGACCAUGCAAACGUCUAACCAGUCGAUCGAGUGUUCUCUGGUAAAUCUAGAAGUGUCCGACCUGAGAGAGCAAAACCUGGUCGAGCUACCAAUGGUAUAUUCUACGCCCAGCCUACCGGUUUCAAGUGACACUGUCGGAACACAAGAAGAUGUGAAUCGCUGGCCACACUUGAAAGGAAUCAAAAUGGAAAGCGUAAAAUCGGAAGUUGGUCUUCUCAUCGGAAGUGAUGCUCCCCAAGCGCUCCAACCAAAAGAGUUUAGAGAAAGCGAAGAUGGUGGUCCCUUCGCAACACGGACAAUUUUCGGUUGGGUAUUAAAUGGCCCCCUAGGUAGAAAAGAAAGCAAGGUUCCGACUGCGAACUUCAUCGACACAAGCGCCAAGCUAAGCAAGCAAUUUGAAGAUUUCUGCACUUUAGAAUUUAACGACUCCAGCUACGAGCCUCAAGCCUCCAUGUCGCAAAACGACCGAAAAGCGCUACACAUCAUGGAAGGGUCAGCAAAACUGUCAGACGGCCACUACGAAAUUGCCUUACCAUGGAAGAACGAUCCACCACUUCUGAAGAACAAUAAAUCGCAAGUACAACAGCGACUACAUCCGCUGAAGAAACGUCUUUAUAGAGAUCCAGUUUUACACAAGAAGUAUAGAGACUUCAUGGAUGACCUGAUUGUCAAGGGCUAUACGAGAAAGGUCAGCAGGGAAAACCUGGGCAACUCAAACGUAUGGUACUUACCGCACCAUGCCGUGUUUCACCCCCAGAAACCUGACAAAGUCCGCGUCGUAUUCGACUGUUCAGCUAAAUUCCAAGGUACCUCCUUAAAUGACCAGCUGCUACAGGGGCCGGAUUUGACAAAUACGCUUGUGGGCGUAUUAACACGAUUCCGGCAAGAGCAAAUCGCUUUCAUGUCAGACAUCGAGGCCAUGUUUUACCAGGUACGAGUUUCCCCAAGCGACUGCGACUAUCUGCGAUUCUUGUGGUGGCCAGACGGCGAUCUAAACAAAGACCCUGAAGAGUAUCAAAUGCUAGUCCAUUUGUUCGGGGGUGCCUCAUCCCCAAGCUGCGCAAAUUUUGCCUUGAAGAAAACCGCAGAAGAUAAUAAGACAGCCUUUGACGCAACCACAGUGGAGACCGUCAAGCGAAAUUUCUACGUUGACGAUUGUCUAAAGUCAGUCGCCACUAAUCCUGAAGCCAUUCGACUAGUAGGAGAACUCCGUGAAAUGCUGUCCAAAGGAGGAUUUCACCUUACCAAAUGGAUAUCGAAUUCAAGAGACGUGAUCAACUGCAUUCCUGAAAACGAAAGAGCACCUUCCGUCAAAGAUUUCGACUUAAGUAAGAAUCUAACACUCACAGAGAGAGCCCUGGGUGUCCAAUGGAAUGUGCAGAAGGACACAUUCGGCUACAAAAUCGUUGAAAAGGAGCGGCCCAUCACAAGAAGAGGAAUUUUGUCUAUUAUUUGCUCGGUAUACGACCCACUCGGUUUUAUUUCACCGUGCAUACUACCCGCUAAAGCAAUCCAGCAAGACCUGUGUCUCAAGGGCCUUGGAUGGGACGAUCAGAUUCCCGAACCCUGCAAGCAAAAAUGGCAAUCAUGGCUGAAGGAACUCCCCAAAUUAGAAGGGUUUGAGAUACCGCGAUGCUUCAAACCACCAAACUGUUCCAACAUACAACGCCGCGAGCUCCACCAUUUCUCCGACGCAUCUAGCCAAGGCUACGGAGCUGUCUCGUAUCUUCGUCAAAUUGAUGCGCAUGGUGAAGUUCACUGUUCGCUUAUUAUGGCAAAGUCCAGACUAGCCCCUCUCAAGGCAAUGACGAUUCCGCGGAUGGAACUGUCAGCGGCAGUCUUAGCAACGAGGUUGGAUCGCAUGAUCAGACAAGAAGUUGGCAUAGUCAUACACAGCUCUACCUUUUGGACUGACAGCACUUGCGUUCUUCGCUAUAUAGAGAAUAAGGAUAAGAGAUUCCAGAUCUUUGUUGCCAACCGCGUGUCAGCCAUUUUAGAUCAGUCUACGGCUGAGCAAUGGAGGUACGUUGAAGGCACACUUAAUCCAGCUGACGAAGCAUCCAGAGGAAUGACAGUAGAUGAGUUGCUUAUAAAUGAGCGCUGGAAGCAAGGACCACCGUUCACUGGUAUCUUUGCCUUCCUGGGUAACCCUUUUACUCUUUUAGGUUUAGGAUAUUCAUGA